AUGCGCCGUCUCAGUCUGGUACUGCUGGCCGCGCUCCGGCUCUGCAGGGCUCGGAGCCCCGGCUUCAGCAUCCAUGACGACCUCCUCGCAUUCCCACAGUUUGACGUCGUCUUCUCCGACGGAUACGUCUCCGUCAAAGAUGCCGAGGCCCUUCUGGAGAAUCGCUCGCGCAGCCCGACCUAUUCGGCCGAUUUCUCCCAGCCUACCACGGGCAACACUCGCGAGGCCAACGCGGCAGAAGCCGACGGCGCCACCGACGCCUACUCGUACGAGAUCAUGAACAUGUCGCCUCACCGCUACCUCUGCUCGAUCCCCGUCAUAGAACCGUCGCUCCCGGAAAACCAAACAGCCAACGAACUGGCCAGAAAAGAAGAGGCGCGGGAGCUCAGCCGGGCCGCCUCAAAGGGCUGGGAGCUGCUGACCAAGCUGGAAGACUCUUGCUUAUACUUCAUGUCGGGCUGGUGGAGCUACAGCUUUUGCAACAAUCGUGAGAUUGUACAGUUCCACGCCUUGACAGCCACGGCCAACGGCCAGCCGCCUAGGCGAGACCCCCACACGGCCGAGUUCAUCCUUGGACGCGUUCCUAGCAUCCCCGCCACCGCCGAGCGUCAAAAGCGACGACACUCUGACGAUGCGCCGCCCCUGCCGGCCGAGCUCCAGGUCAAGGGCGAUCAACGGUAUCUGGUGCAGAGGCUCGAAGGCGGGACUGUCUGCGACCUCACGGGUAGGGAGCGUACCGUCGAGGUGCAGUAUCACUGCGUGCCCGGGAUGAAGAGCGAUAGGAUCGGUUGGAUCAAGGAGGUCACCAUUUGCGCCUACGUCAUGAUUGUCAACACCCCCCGGCUGUGCAACGACAUCGCCUUCUUGCCCCCGCAGGAAACAAAGGCAAACCCCAUUAGCUGCCAGCUCAUCGCCGACGACGAUACUCCCGAUGCCAUCAAGCAGGCGGAAACAAGCGAGACCAAAGACGCCGAAAAGGAGACCGAGGUCACCGUGGGCGGCGUCGUCAUUGGUGCACGCAAGCUUGCGCCGCCCCGGGGAUUCUGGACGGGCCAAGAAGCCAACGAAGACCGCUUGAUCGAGGUUCUGGUCCGCGCCGCGAGUAAAGAAGACGGCGGCAAGAUCCAGAUGCCGACGGCCGAGGAGCUGGAACAGCUGGACAUCGACCCCAAGAUUGUCGAGGAGAUGAAGGCCAAAAUGGUCGAAAUGGCUGGCGAUGCGGGAUGGAAGCUGGAGGUUGUCGAGUUGAACGGCGGAGACUUUAGGGAGCUUCGGGGCAUCAUCGAUGGGGACGAGGCUGGCGACGAGAGCGGCAGCGUGCCUGGAGCGGACGCAAGCAGAGGAAAGAAGGAAGACAAGCAGAAAAAGGACAAGACGAACAAGGGCAAGCCGAUCGAGGACAAGAAGAACAAAGACAAGGCCGAAGGCGGAAGCGAGGAGCAGUUCUUCAAAGAGGAGUUGUAG